UAGUCUUGUCUGCUAUAUAUCAUCAAGCAUUUAUAUCCAAUUAUUAUCCUUUGGCUGUACAAAUAAAUUUGUUAUUCCUCAUCAACUAAUUAAACAAUUAUUCAUCUUUCAUUAAUAUUUCUGACAGUAAGGAAUGGAGGUGGAUCAGUUGCAGCGGAGUUUUCUUGAAUAUACUACUUCUUUAUUUCGUGAGGGAUUCUUGGAUGGUCAGUUUGGACAGCUUCAGAUGCUGCAAGAUGAGAGCAACCCUGAUUUUGUUGUUGAAGUUGUCUCCCUCUUCUUUGAGGAUUCUCAGAGAAUUCUCAAUGAUCUCUCCAUUACUUUGAAUCAGCAGAAUGUGGAUUAUAAGAAGAUAGAUGCUAAUGUUCCCCAACUGAAAGGUAGCAGCUCCAGCAUUGGGGCUCAAAGGGUCAGAAAUGCUUGCAUUGCUUUCCGCAACUUCUGCGAAGAGCAAAACGCCGAUGCGUGCCGGAGAUGCUUGCAGCAAGUUAAGCAAGAGUACUUGCUAGUCAAGGAGAAGCUUGAGGCACUCAUAAGGUUGGAGCAGCAGAUUGUGGCAGCUGGUGGAGCGAUUCCCAUGUUGAAUGAGUUCUCGUAAAUCGUAUCUUCUGAUCAUGGAAAAUGCAGUUUCCGAUUAUCGGAUUAUCUAUUACCUUAGUUGUUUUCCAUCUUUCGUAGCUGUACCGUUGUGUCGUUUAAUGAAAAUUUUCGUAUUUCGUCGAGAACUUUAAAUAUUCAAAAUGGCAUGUACUGUCACAGCAUGAAAUAUUUGAUCAACAUUCAUACUAAAUCAGCCCGAUUUGAGGCCCACGGGCCGAGUCGCCA